AUGAAUGCCGUUGCUCUUCCCUUCUUCGCUUUGCUCGCCAUCCUCGUUACCUACCUCCCCUGUCGCUCGUUCUGGUCUCACCGCAAUGUCCCCGCCGUUAGCAUUGUCGUCGCCACCAAUGUCUACAACGCUAUGAGUGUUGUGAACGGCGUCAUGUGGCCAAACGAUGACUGGGCAUCAUGGUGGCCGGGCUACGGACUCUGCGAUCUCGAGGCUCUGCUCCGCUAUCCGAUCACCAUGGCUCUGGCAACUUCACUCUGCGGCCUGUCCAAAGGACUUGCUGAUUGCUUGGACACCAACAAUGCGACGGUUCACCCAACUGCAGCUUCAAAGCGACGCGAGUUGUUGUUCAACGUUAUGUUCUGCUGGGCUAUUCCUGUUCUUCAGAUGGCUUUACAUUAUGUGAUUCAAAAUGGUAGAUACCAGAUCUUUCCUGUCUUUGGCUGCUCGGAUGUCAUUGACGACUCAUGGCCGACGAUUCUCAUCAUCAUGAUCUGGUGUCCCAUAUUCACUUUCUCGACUCUGUACUACGCAGUGAUUCUCCUUAUCCGCCUUCGGAAGCACCGUCGCACCAUCAGCUCUGCUCUGAAGACUUCUGGCUCCGGUUUCGCAGCACGGAAAUACCUCAAGCUCGUCAUCAUCACCAUGUCUCUCAUAGUUAUCUAUGUUCCUGUUCAGUUCGUCUUCUUCUUCCAAGUCCUGCCCAGAAAGCUCGAACCCUACUCCUGGUCUCGAAUUCACGAUCCGGCUACAUGGCAUCUCAUCGAAUACCAACAUACUGGAGAUGCUCCGCUCAUACAAUACCAAGGUUGGGCCGGUAUUGUCACAUCAUUCUUGAUAUGGGCUUACUUCGGAUUCAAUGAUACUGCUGUUGAUACUUAUCGAUCUUGGUUGGUCCAGCUUGGGCUUGGGCGCAUUUGGCCAAGUCUUAAGCUUUCCAGAGAGACAAGAAUGAUGAUGAGACGAAGCCAGGGAAGCUCAAUCGCCAGAGGAAGCAUUGACAGUCACUUCGAUCUCGUCGGCAAGGCUAUGAAGUACUUUGAUACCGAUAUCAGACAGGAGAGUGGCGCAACUACCCUGGUUGAUAGACACUCUAAUCGGCAAGUCUCCUCCAUCACUCCUUUAAUGCAUUUACUGACAUAA